GUCUAACGUUUCACAGUAAAAAAUUGCGGUAAAACACACGCGAAACGCGUACAUUUUGAGCCGGGCACCCAAAAGUUGAAAUUGAAAAGUUGAACACUUAAAAGAGCAGGUGUUUGUAGCUGUUAAAUAACUAUUGGUUGCUUCGGGAAAACAAUCAACCCCUUCACUCUCGACAAAGUGAGUCGAGGUGUUUUCUCUAAAAACUUUUUGCCAAAGCAGUUAUGAGUGAAAGUAAUUAAGAAGGAGAUCAUGUUCAUAAAGAUGAUAUAUCAUAUAGAAUGAACUUUUCUGUCAACAACCAGUCACUGUACCAACCGCAGUUUGACGUGGAAAAUGUCCUCUCUGAGAGAGAUGAAAAUUUGGCAAAGAUAGAGAUUGCCAUUCUCAUUGUUAUCUUUAUCGUCACUGUUUUGGGUAACAGUAUCGUUUUGUUGGCGUUAUGGACGAGGAGGAUAUAUGCCGGAAGAAAGAAACUUUCGAGGAUGUACUUCUUCAUCCUUCACUUAAGCAUAGCGGAUUUAGUGACCGCUCUUUUGAGCGACCUUCCUCAACUUGCGUGGGACAUAACGUUUCGGUUCAAAGGGGGAUGGCUAUUGUGCAAAAUAGUCAAGUUCGGGCAAUUAUUAGGACCUUACUUGAGCUCGUAUAUCCUAAUGGCGACCGCAGUUGAUCGUUAUCAAGCCAUCUGCUACCCGCUUACUUACUGUUCCUGGACCUCCAGGAGAUCAAAGUUAAUGGUUUGGACGGCAUGGAUAACAAGUCUCAUUUUCUGCAUACCACAGAUAUUUGUUUUCUCCUAUCAAGAGGCAGAGCCCAACACUUUCGACUGUUGGGCAACAUUUGAAGAAAUAUGGGGCCAACAAGCAUAUGUCACAUGGUACAGCGUUUCUGUGUUUAUAAUUCCGCUGGUGGUGCUGACAGUGACUUACAGUAGUAUAUGUCGGAUGAUUUGGAAAAAUUCGGUGUGCGAAAUGGUUCAAAGAAACUACCAUUACCAUGUUCGUACGAACAACAUUAAAAAGCGUCAACAGCAGCCGCUUAUAUCAAGGGCAAAAGUCAAUACAGUGAAACAGACAGUUGCUGUUGUACUCAUGUACAUUAUUUGCUCGGCACCUUUUAUUACCGUGCAAUUGUGGGCUGUCUGGGAUCCGGAGUCUCAGAAGAACCCUUUUUUUGAAGGGCCCGCCUUCACAAUCUUGACGUUGCUCUACAGUUUAAACAGCUGCGUCAACCCCUGGAUUUAUUUAGCGUUUAACAGCGAACUUCCGAAAGUGCUCAUCAAGCAUUACUUAGCCAAGACAAAGAAGUACAGAACGGCGGAUGAUUGCCACUUUGGGAUCGCCCUAGAAAAUGGAAUUAUUCAGCGCGGUUCCCGACGUGUUCGUGUACUGAAACGAAAUGGUCACCAACACCGUCUUAGAGGCACCAAGAAGAUUUUUUUGUUGAGAAAUAGUAGUAGUGGUAACAGCUGCACUAAUUCAUCCGGAUACGCGGACAGUACGUCCCUAAGGACAUUUUCCAAAAGGUCGCGACGGAAUGAGAGCAGAUCGUCCAGUUAUUCGCCAAGACGGAUAGAGAAUUGCCUCUGAACGCCCACAUACAGUCAUUAUUUUAACAAAACUAUGUGCAGGUUUGACAAGUAUUACUAUUUUUAUAAGGCCCUAGUGUAUAUUAUGCAUCUCUACGUAAAAAGCAAAUACUAAGAUAUAGCUUUAAAUAGAAGAAUGUGUGUUUCAUGAAAACGUUUAGGAAAACCUUACUGAACAAGCGGACAGCCAGUAAGAAGUGGGGGUAGAUACAGAGAGAGAGAAAAUGCCCUAUUUUUUUUAUUACGUUAUCCAAUGCUCAAAAAUUUAUAGAAAUGUCGAUCUCCUUAUACAUAAGAAGGUCGCUUAGAUACUACUUUAGUUUUAGACGAUAAAUAGUAAGAGAGAUAUUUAAGUCAAAUACAGGUAUGGCAAAACUUUCACUGAGUGAAACUACACAAUUAAGUCCAACAAGAGAAAACUGAUUGAAUGUAGAAGUUCUUAUAAAACAUAGCUGCAAUUAACGUAUCAACCAAUAUUACACUUAAGUCUAAAUAUUAUAACUCUAGACAAAAAUUUUCAGUCUCUCUCCAGUCUCUCAGAGUCUUUCAGCGUCUCUGAGAGCGCCUCUCACAGUC